AUGAGUCAUCUGCAGGACGAGCACGACCCUGAUGACGAUGGCGAAACACCGCGCAAAGGAUGGAAACGACUGACGACUAAAGAAGAGGUGACGCUCUUCGAAAUCUGCAACCGCCAUGCGAACAGUUUCGGGAGGCGUAGUGACCUUUGCAAUUGGUGGAAGACCGUCGCAGCGGAGUUUUCCCACGCCAACGGGCGUCCAUACUCAUGGCAUUCGGUGCGCCGAAAAGUCGAAUCAUCUACAAAGAGGCGCAUUCAAUUCCUGAGGGAUCAGCAACAGCGUCAGCGCGAUCUGUCUGGCGUAAACUCGGUGACCGACGUGAUGAAUCCGCAGUGGUGUGCCGUCCUAGAUGCUUGGAUUCCAACAUGGCAGAAUUGGGAGCAGGCUGAGGUCCGACGGAUCGCGAGAAGAGAUAUGCUGUCUCGGAAACGCUCGCGCAGCAAAAUAGAAAAACAAUACUGGGCGUCUCAGGUCCAGAUGGUCAAUGAACCGGAACAAUUCGACUUGACCUCACCCACUAGUCCCGGUGAUACGGGGGUGGAGGCAAACGACCCGUAUGAAGGCCCUAUUGUCUUGGUGACGAGGAGUCCUGAACCACCCGCAGCGCCAGUAACGUCGACGUCGACGCAACCUGCGCCGGCCUCUCCAAAUGUUGAGACACCCUCGAAUACUGGGUCCACCAUAGGAGUCAGGUUGCCACCCGGUUUUGAUACAAUGUUCUCCAACAGCCCCUCUCACUCGCAGCCUCAUAACCACUGGCCACCAGUAUACCCGACAACUCCUCGACCAGAGCCGGAAUCUUCAGUGGAUAGACGCAUGGUUGGUGCCGUACUCGAAACUCUCGGCAAGUUGAAUAGACAUCUGGAUUCGGUGUCGAGCAAUGGUGCAUUAGCGGACGCUCGUGCGUCACCGGUGAUCUCUGCGCUGGCACAGCCCACCUCUAACUCGGCCGGACAGAACCGGGACACACCAGCCGGACAGCGCCAGUCGCCUUCCAACAACCUUCCCCCGGUAGAUUUGGAGCGUAUGAAAGAGCAGCUUCGACAGGAGCUGAAAGAAGAGUUUCGCCAGGAGAUGCAAGAGCAAUUGCGCCGCGAUCGUGCCGGCUUAGAAUCGAGAUUGGACGCCGUGCAGAGAACACAGGAGAUGAUACUGGAAAUGCUUAGACAGGAGCCUGCAUGA